AUGUCACCCAUACUUCUCUCCGCAGCCCUCCUUCUCCAACGCUGGACCGUGGGGCCCUCACAACGCGGUACCGCAAACAUCAUUCUCACAUGUGCCGCCACAACCUUUCUUUGCUGUUGGGUCUCGGUGUACCCGAACAUCAUCGCCCCACGCGACAGCCGAUGGGCUGCCUUCCGAGACAAACUUGCUUUGGCCUGUCUCAACCUUCUUGGUCCUGAGUUCUUGAUCAUCCUAGCCGCGGGACAGAAGUCGUCCGCGAGGCAAUCGGGAUUCCAUAACGCUGGAUAUACAGAUUGGACCAUGACCCACGCGUUUUUCACCGACAUGGGCGGCUUCCGUCUCGAGGCCCCCGGGUUGAAAGAGUCGAUUCCUAUAGAUGGCGAGCAGCUAGUCUACCUAGUACAGCACAAGUUCCUCGAGUAUCCCAACGUCACCAAGGGGGAUAUCGAGGACCGCGAUAAAGCCGAUAUGAUGUCCCGACUACUCACCGUUGGUCAGGCAAUCUGGUUCAGUCUCAACCUGCUCGUACGCGGUAUCCAGGGCUUGACAGUAACCAGAAUCGAGCUCACCACGGCUUCAUUUGUCAUCAAUCUCAUCGGCACGGCGUGGUUUUGGAAAGACAAACCAUGUGGUAUCCAAACUUCCAUCAUUCUCAAGUCGCCAGAACACAUCGACUUCAUCAUGACCAACCGAGGCACCCGUCCGUUCCCGCCUUAUUAUCGCACCCAACUCGACUUCAUCAGCCGUCACGAAACAGAAUUCAACAUCUGGUGGCAGUUCUACAACACCAUGGCCCGGCGCAUCUUAGGCUUUUCCCCUCUAAUGCGACAUGUGCACAGCCAGCCGUGGGACAGGAUACCCGGCGAUUUGUUCCUCCCCAUGGAUCUCGACCUCCACCUCUGGGCCGUGCUUCUCAUCGCUAUUUUCACCUCCGUCCCAUUCAUGGCUUGGAACUCGGUGUUCCCUUCCUCUAUUGAACAAAUAUUGUGGCGCACUGCCAGUGUGUUCAUGAUCGUCUUCAACGUGUACGCGUUCGUCAGUUUAUCGCCGGCGAAGAUGGCCAUAAUGCCGAUAAAACGCCCCUUCGAGAAAAGUCUAUUGGAGAAAAAAUAUGACCAACUUGCGGCAAACAAGCGUUUCGCUCAAAGGCUUGACCCGGUCUUAAACCAGGUUUUUGAGCCUCAGGAAGUCAUAGUUGGGCAGGAAAAGCACCAGCAAGGCAUAAUAGUUGUGGAGGCGAGGCCCCAUCGCUCGUCACCCAAGGAGGUUAUGAAGACCGUCUACCGGAAGUUGUAUUAUUUCGCCGAAAACAAAGACCCACGGUUGGCGGUCAAUAGGUUAUGGGUCGCAUGCCUCGGGAUUCUCUGUUUAGCCUACGUGGUGGUUCGGGGGUACAUCUUUGCGGAAGACCUUGCUGGCCUCCGGUCGCUCCCUUCCAACGCAUAUGACAUGCCGGAUUGGCUGGCAAUCAUUCCCCAUCUUUAA